UGGCAGCAUGUAAAUGGUUACUCCGAAAAGACUUUGCCCAAAGACGGACGCGUUAAAUUUAACCGCGUUAUUAUUUAAUAAUAAUAAUACUCGAGCUAAUAAAAUAAGUUAAUCACACAAUAAUGUAAUUGUAUUUAUAAUAAUAAGACAAAUUAAUAAUUGUCACAGUGAUAAUAUACACUUGUUGGACGGUAUAUUUAAAGAGAGUGUGUUGUCGUGCAAGUAGUACCUUUUUUUUUCCUUUAUUAUUUUAUCAUCUUCUCUCGUACACACUGAAUUUUGGUGCGCGAUGAUUCGCGAAGGGUUGUAGCCAUAUUUACAGUACCAGCACCAGUACACUUGUCCAUGUAGAUUCCAGUUUUAUUUUAUUAUCAUUUAUUUUUGUAUUUAAAUUAUACUAAAUCUAAAUUGUGCGUACCGACUAGUUCCUGGUUACUUAUUUAUUUAUAAAUAGUAAUACGUGUGAUUAUUAAUGUGCAAUCAGUGACAUAAUGAUCAGUUUAUAGCCAAUCUAUCUCAAUCCUGAUUGAGUUAUAAAGUUUGUGGAUUAAGACAAUAUCUGUCACGUUUUUAAAUAUUAUUUUACUCCGCAAUUAUUAUCAAAGUUAUCAUUUAAUCCUCUUGAGAAAUACAUCACAGUUUUUUAAACAAACACUUUUACUUAAUCAGUAUGACUAUUUUAUUGUUGAAUAUUAAUACUUAUUUAUUUCGAUUUAUCUCAAAGUAAUAAAAUUACUUAAUAUCUACAUGGUUUGGAGCAAAACGACUAUAAAAACAACCAAAGACAAUGUUAUGUUUGACAUAAAUAAUAAUAACAAUCAUUCAUUAAAAAAAAGCCUGCAAGGUGCAGGCUAGGCACAUUAGUGCCAAUUUCGGGUAAUGGAUCCAGUUGGUCCAUGGUACGCCUCGUACAAUCGUUUGACAACAGGAACAGCCGCCGGCACGUUUCAAGCCGGCGGAGUGACUGCAAGUGAGUUUGUGUCUCACCAUCUUGGAUCGCCGACAACAAUUAAUCAAACUUCGGCAUCAUCAACCGCAGCGGUAGCAACUACAACAUCACAAUUAUUACUGCAAGCGGCACAUACCACCGCUUCGUUGGCUGGUCAAUCACCACCGUUUAAUUCCAGUGGUUUCUUGUCACCACCGCCGGUUGGCUAUGACGUAUUCUCGCCGCUGUUUCAUCAUUCAAGUGUCAAGCAAGCACAUUACAAUGUCACGACAGCCGGCGCUCUAUCUGCCCAACGCACAACCUGUCAAACGAUGGUCCAGCCCCAGGCGAGCGCCAGUACGACAAUUGCCAAACAAACUACACCGGAGCCAGAAGUCCGUGAUAGCUACGGCGCCAAUCAAACCUCAUUUUUCGAGCAUCAAUCACAAACGACUUCUCCAACAAGCUCCACGCUGCCGUGGAGCUCCACUAGUUCUCAAUUACCCAGUCCGUUUGGUAUCCUGCCCCACGAGAGUGUAGUCUCGCCCUCGCCAGCGGCUCCUCCGACAUCUAAACCAACAAAUAGUACUAAUAAUUACGAUAAUAAUUUCAACCCUCAUUUUUCCUCGGGACACUCCAUCGCAGCUAUCAAUUCCUACGCGACUGACAAUGGAAAAAAAUUAUCUAGGUCCGCAUCUCCAGCGACAAUUAAGUCAACGUCUCCUGGAUCGACGCAGUCUUUUUUCCAGCAGACCUCCACAACUUUUGAUCCAGAUCUCGCGAGUUAUUCAGCCGAUAAUUCAGUAACUAAAGUACACCAGCAGCAGUCAUGCAUCGUUUCGACGUCAAAUAUCGAUCACCGAGUCUCUACGAUAUUCCAGAGCUCUGGUGGCCGACCGACGGCUAUUCACACGCAGGAAAAAAAUCCACCAGUCCAGACAAAAGCACAAGCGAAAAUUUAUAGCGACAUGGGGGGGAAUCACGAGCAUCAGCGAUCCGAAAGCAGACUCGAGCCCAGUCAAUCGUCGCCGAUCAGUUUCUCUAUGAUGGACUCCAGGGCUUUGAAUUUUCCGAGUACACCGAGUAAUACUGCGGGUAAAAUAGGCACAAGUACGCAGCGAACACCGCCCAAUACCCAAAACCUACACCAGCAGCAAUAUCAUGUGAUAAACCAACAGCAGAGUCAACAACCGCAACAGCAAACAACGGCCUACCGACACUACUCGACGGGGUCACAAAGCGAGUCUGAGUACCACCAUCCGGGGAGAUCAAAGUCAGCUGCUUCGACAGACUCUGCCUACUCGUCAAACACGUCUACGCAAAACGGGCCGGACUGCGGUGUUGUUGUGCCUCGCAGACCUAGUCCUUUGCAAGCUCACUCGCAAGCGAGCCCUCUGAGCCACGUUCCUAGCCCGGCUUAUCCGAUGUACAACAGCCCGAUGGCCGCGAUGUCAUCCCCGUCGCCUCUGCCUCACGCCGACAAUAACCCGAGCAAUCAGUGUGCCAACGCUCAAACGUACAAAGCUAUUCAGCAACAGGUUACGCCGCCUUCUCCGCUUGAUGUGUCUCUUCCGAGACCAGCGUCUCAAGGUCAGGUCGCGUACUCUUCUGUAAUCACUCGAGCGCUUGGUAAUUCCGAGAACGCUAAGCCCAAUUACAGCGCUGAUAAUCGGUACGAGCAUGAUUUCAUACAAAGGCCAAAGCAACAACUGUGCUGGGACGGUAAUGAUGCUCGGACCGGGAAGUUUCCGAUCACUGCUUACAUGCCUAACAACCCGGAAAUAAAUUCUCAAACUCUGUCAAGUCAGCAGCAGCAGCAGCAGCAGCAGCAAGGAUACUUUGAUUCAAGUCAAGUGCCACUUCAAGAUCUAAGCAGUUGUCGUGCUGGGGAUUCAAUGAGUAUUGUUAAGAAUCUACAUCAAAGCUCGGCGUGUCAAAUUCAGCAACAGCAAUUGAGUGGCGUGCCACAGCCCGAGGAUCCUCAGAAGCAAGCCGAGGAGCGACAGAGAAAAAUAGAUCCGAAUAAAAAGAGACGGAGCUUUGAAAAAAAUUCAAGCUUCGGCGAUCUCUCAACAAGCGCUGUGAUGAAUGAUUACCUUGGUCGAGUGCCACCACCGGCUCAUCACAAUUUAAACCAGCAGCCUCAAAAUGGGUACUUUGAUUUUGAGAGAUGGAACUUGGCUAGUGGAUCGAAGAUGUUUCCGGGACCCACGGGGACUUUUCCCUCGCAGAGCAAUCUUCAUGCUGGAAAUUACGUGGGUACCUCGGGCAAUCAUCAUCAGUCGCUGAUAAAUCCGCAUCAUGCAGCUCCGAUACCUGCGUACUUUCCGGCGUUUCAUUUACCACCUGGACAUCAUCCUCACGAGUACCAUCAGUCUUCCAUGGAUGUUAAUUCUAUUGGGUACAUUGGCGAUAAUUCAGCAGGUGGACACCAUCAGCAUCUACACCAGCAGAACUCCGGGUACCAAGAUUUCAGAGACGACCAGCCGAAAGUAAUAGUGCCGAACAUCGAGGAGGAGCUGGGCUUUCUCCAGUCGAGUCAAUUGCCAGUGGAGACUGCUAAUCAGGUGAACAGGGAUCUAAAGCCGGCGUGCAAAGACCCUAAUACCGGUUUUAUGACAAGCUACUUGAAGUUUUUGCAGGGCGAGCGAGAACCCUCGCCACCACCUGCGAUUCGCGGAGGAAGGAAGGCCACUUGGAACAGGUCGAAACCUUACUUGCCACACGAGCCGAUUAAAUCGAUUGGCGAUAUCACCACCACUAUUGGGACGAGCAACGGGGAACUUUACAAGGGACUUAACUCGGUGAAAGACACACCGACAAUUGAUUACGCAAAUGAUCCACGGUACUUUCCCUUGCCGAAAGAACGUAAGAAGCCUUACAUUGAUUCCAGCGACGACGGUAUUAUGAGCGAGGACGAUUUUCCAUUUACUUUGAAAAAGAGUGAUAAGAAUAAGUUGACUAGUAAUAAUAAUAAUAAUAAUCAUAAUAGUAAUAAUAAUAAUAAUAUGACGGGUAAUGUCGAUGUGGUUAAACCACCGCCUAAAAAAAAGGGACGUCCGAUAAAACCCGGUGGCCCGACAGACAGAAAGAGAAAAGCCGCUGCAGCGGCUGCCGCAGCGGCGGCUGCUGACCUAGCUGCUGGUAGGCCACCGAAAAAACCCGACAAUAAUUUGUUAUUGUUACCACCUAGGCGUGAAACGUCUAAACGUAAAGCUAAAGAAAAGAUUUCGACUAAACAGCUUGCUGAAAAUUCGGAUGACGACGAACAGGGUGACUCGGAUUCUGAUCCAGCUUGGACUCCUGCCGCUAAGCUUACUGGUGAUGAUGAUGAGAAGAAGAAAAAACGUGGUCGUCCGGUUAUCAGUAAAAAAAUUAGAAAAUUACUCGAUGAUGAUGAUUAUUCGUCGAGUGAUUUAAUUCCGAGAAAAGGAAGGAAAAAAUCUGAUCAUAAAAAUUCGGUUUUGAAAAUAGAUGAAAAAUUGCUGGCUUCUGUUAGCGAUGAGGAUAUUGAUAUAUCACCUUUUAAGCGUUAUAAUGAGGAUAUUGAAACUGGGUCGGGUGAGUUUGUUGUUAUCAAAGCCGAGUUAAAGGAAGAGUAUCCGGCAUUGUGGAGAAUAGACGGUAAAACUUUGCUGCAAAAAUACGAGCCAUUUGAUUCAAAUGGUAAAACACUGUACCGAAAUAUUUCAACGUACUCGGGUUGGACACCACAAAAUCGACAUAUGUAUCAACAAGUUCCAGUCAAGUUUUGGCAGCAAGGAAAAUUGGAGACCAUUGUUGAAUUUUUAAGAGACGAAAUGAUUGUUGAUGAUAGAGAGUGUAUUAAUCGGUCUAUUAAAGAAAACGAAAAAUAUCAGGACAAUUUUGAAGUUUAUGUCCAGACACUGAUAUCUCAGGCGCUAGAUUCAAAUUUCUUGACGGAAAUUUUUCAAGAGCAUGACGAGUAUUUCUUGUCGAAUGUUAAAAUGAUAGACGAAAUAACGGAGGACCGAAAGCGACGAUUGUUGUCGACAACUAAAUGGCAAACUAAUGUCGUGACAGCAAUAUCCACGUGGCCUUGCUUGAAUGUAUUGAAAGACUUAUCAAGCUCUGAAUGUAAAGGUAAACAGUGCAUUGGCUGUCAGCAUAAUCAAAUUCAUGCUAGAGUGUUGUUGUACGGACAACCGUACAAUGCUACAACUCUAGAAGGUUCUCCUCCAGACCCUACUGUGCCUCAUGAAAAGGACUUUUUACUGUGUAGAGUAUGUCAAACAAAAGUUGCGUUAUUUAACAAAGUAGCGCAUCAAAAAUAUCUAAUGUUUCUCGAAUGUGCUCGAAGAGUUGCUGAUAGAAGAAUAGCGGAUCCUAAUAAAGAUACAACGACUAUUCUUAAUGAAUUAUUAGCCGAUGAAACGUGGCUCAAUCAGUUAUUUAAAGAGGUACGAACAAUUUGGGCGGAAAUUGAUAGUAUAGAAUACCAAUUAAAAUCAAAAACAAAAAUAAAUAAUACACCACCAUCACAACCAGAGAAUCAAGACUUAAAUUCUGAAGCGUCCAAUGUGCCAUUAAAUACAGAUCUGGAAUUGUCUGCGCAACAAAUCGAAAGUAAUUGUUUGUUAAAUCCUGAUACUAAUAACGAGGAUAUAAGUGCCAAUAUAUCCUAGUGAUUUUAAUUAUUUCAACGGUAAUAAUAUUAAUAUUAAUUAUUAUUAUUAUAAUGAUAAGUUACGUAUCUAAAAAAGUAAACGGCAUAGAAAGAGACAGUUUAAAAUAUUAAUAAUGAUUAAAAGAAAAAACAACAAAUAAUUAUAACAACAAAUAAAGUAUUAGCUUAUUAAUAUUUGGAGUUUGUUGCCUUAAAAAAUAACUAAAAGAUACAAGUUAUUAGCGACGUAAAUCCAGUGAUAGUUUUUCUAAUGCAAUUAAAUAACUCAAAAGUUUAUAAUUAUUUUUUGUUUAAAUAUUCUUUAUUAAUAAAAAUAGUUAUUAAAUAACACUGGAGAAUAAAUUUAAUUGGACCUAACUGCUUCUACUAAGUCAACAUGAGGGACACCUCACGAUAUUGUGUAACAUAUAAUACUAAUUCAGUGGAACUUGAUAAUGAUGAUAUAAAUUUAAACAAUAAGUUAAUAUUGUGUCUUUGGCCAUUUGCAUUAAUUGAAGAACUAAUAUUAUUAUUAUU